AUGGCCCGCCGUCCUGCGAGAUGCUACCGGUACUGCAAGAACAAGCCGUACCCUAAGUCGCGCUUCAACCGUGGUGUCCCCGACCCCAAGAUUCGUAUCUUCGAUCUUGGCCGCAAGCGCGCUACCGUCGAUGACUUCCCUCUCUGCAUCCACAUGGUCUCCAACGAGUUGGAGCAGUUGAGCUCUGAGGCCCUUGAGGCCGCUCGUAUUUGCGCCAACAAGUACCUCGUCAAGACCGCCGGUAAGGAGGGUUUCCACCUCCGCGUCCGCGUCCACCCUUACCACGUCGUCCGUAUCAACAAGAUGUUGUCUUGCGCUGGUGCCGAUAGACUUCAGACUGGUAUGCGUGGUGCCUGGGGUAAGCCCAACGGCACUGUCGCCCGUGUCUCCAUCGGCCAGAUCAUCAUGUCUGUCCGUACUCGUGACUCCAACAAGGCUUUCGCCCUUGAGGCCCUCCGCCGCUCCCAGUACAAGUUCCCCGGUCGCCAAAAGAUCAUCAUCUCCAAGAACUGGGGUUUCACCCCUCUUCGCCGCGACGAGUACCUCGAGAAGAAGGCUGCUGGCAAGCUCCUCAUCGAUGGUGCCUACGUCCAGUUCCUCGGCAACCGUGGCUCUCUCGAGCGCAACAUGAAGCGUUUCCCCGGCGCUUUCGCCACCGAGGCUUAA